CAAAACCUGUAUGCACAUAAUUUGUGCGUUUGUAUGUAAAUAAAUGAUUGCUUACAAAACACAUUUAUUUGUGUUGUUUUUGCUUUGUUCAAUUUCAUUUUGUUCCGUUUAAAUGCUGGCGCAUUUAUUGGCUUGGCUGGCAAAAGGUUUUCUCGUUAACUAUAUUCGUUUUGAAUUCCAGUCGCACGAAAAGCGCAGAGUGAACAAAACCGUAUAAAAAAUGCUUAAAUUUGUAAGUUUUUUACAUUUACAAAGUCGUCACGAGAAGCAUACGAAAAUCGACGAUACCAACUAUAAAUACCAAACUAAUCACAAUCACAACAACAAAACACAUAGAAACAUUAAGAAGUUUCUGCAUAAAACCACUGACGCGCACGCGCACACAAGAAAAGAGAAUCCGCCACUUGUAAGCUACUUGAAAUUUGACAAUGCAGAGUACCAUGCGGCAAAUAAUAGUCCUGUUGAUGCCGCUCCUGCUGCUGCUACAGCGUGGUGUUGCGGCCAGUCCGGCGCCAGGGAAUUUCGCCGAUGCCGCGGAGACGAUCGAUGUGCCGCCGGAGCACCGUGCGCCGCCACCCGGUGCUGCCGCUGCUGCUCCACCCAGUGCGCCGGUGCCCGGAUUUGGCGUACGUCCACCCUUCCUGGCUGCUGCUGCGCCGCAGCCACGCGGCGCUUUCCCUUCUGUCGUCUUUCGACCGGCAUUUGCCCCAUUCGCCAGCAGCUUCAAUGGACUCAUGGUGCAGCACUUGAACGCGUAUCCGCGCCUGACUGCCUCAAUUGCCGCCUACCAACCGGCUUAGCCGAUUGCCAACAAAAUAAUUCCUCCUGCAACUCAACAUGUUGCACCGCAGCUUCAGCCACCAAUUGCAGUAACGCAUCGAGUAACAACAACUGCUACGAAUGUUGCCCUGCUGAGGCGUUGCCUUCAGUGCUCACAAAGCACCUUCCAACUACAACUACAUCUAAAUUAUCAUCCACAAAACUAUUGUCGCUUACACCAUUCCAAAUGAAAUUAAAACUACUGACUGGUGCCGCCACGAAUUGUUGUUAAUCAAGCAAAGUGAGGCGAACUUGCAUAAUUACUUAUUAAAUUACAUCUGUCAAAUCUUUAAAAGUGAAAUAAAAUUUAUCUAAUAUUUGUUGUUGGCAA